AGGGGUGUGAAGCAGAGCCAGGAUUUUCCUCAGCUGUGUUUAGCACCUGAGGCAGGGAUUAACCAGCCCAGGUAUCCAGCGGGAACAACCCAGAUUAACAGCACUUCAUGGUCCAGCGUUACAGGAACCCUCACUAAAAUUAACCCAAGGUUUGGGAGGCUUUUGUAGCAGCCAGGUGGAACUGCUGGAGCCACACGUGGUCACCCCAGGCCAUCCCAGGGACCAUUGCUGGGCAGUUCUGCAGCCUCUGCCUCAGUUUUCCCCUUGGAACUUCUGAUCUGUGAUUUGCCACGUGAAUUUUGUCAAGCCCUUUUAGCUAAACUGAUCACUGAAAUGGAAUAUUGGAAUAUAGGUACAAAAAUACUUUCUUAGUAGCUGAUCUGUGUGCAGGUGAGGGUCUUGGGAAGUCUGGGCAUCCUGGGAGAACUGAGGUUCCUGGGAAGUCUGCAGAUUCUGUGGUGCUAAGGGUCCAGAUAGGGCUGGGGAUCCUGGAAAUGCUGGGGGUCCUGCAAGAGUUUGGGUCCUGGGAAGGCUGAGAGUCCUGGAAAAGCUGGGAGGGCUGGGGAUCCACGGAAGAUUUGGGGUCCUGGGAGGGCUGGGACCCUCUGGACCAGAGCUCCCAGGCUGGGGAGCUCAUGGCAGGGUGGACUGUGCUGAUCAUGGGCUGGCUGCCCCGGACAGGGAAGCCUAGCCCCUCACAGCCUGCAGGAGGAGCUGCAAUUCCUGCCCCACGGAUCCCUCCCGGGGGUCCGAGCAGGGUGUCUCGGCUCUGCCCGGGCCCAUAAGGGCGCCUUUGUGCCGCGGGCACCGCAGCAGCCCCCGCCGCUGCUGACUCAGCGGUUUAACCCGGGCUCCGCCGGGGGAGCCCCGUGACCCUUCGGAGGGGGGACCCUGCCGGGGGAGGCGGUGGCGGCGAGGCAGGGAGGCUCUGAGGAAAGCCAGCGACAGCGACAGCGACAGCCGGCCUCAUUCCGUGGUGCGGCCGAGGGACAGAGGGGACGGACACUCGGGCUGAGCAGCACCCGCUGCCAUGGGCUCCCGGCACUUCCCGGCCCGGACGGUGCUCUUCGAGAAGGAAUCCAGUGGUGUCACGUACCGUGUGCCCGCCCUGCUCUACCUGCCCUGCGUGGCCAAGCUGCUGGCGUUUGCCGAGGAGCGGCUCAGUGCCGACGAUGCCCACGCCAACCUGCUGGUGCUGCGCCGCGGCACCAUCUACGGCAGCUACGUGGAGUGGGAAGACAUGCGUGUGCUGGAGACGGCAACACUGCAGCACCAUCGGUCAAUGAACCCCUGCCCGCUCUACGAUGAGUUCACGGGCACCCUCUUCCUCUUCUUCAUCACGGUGCUGGGCAGGACGCCCGAAGCCUACCAGAUUGUCACUGGCCAAAACGUCACCCGCCUCUGCUGCGUCACCAGCGCCGACCAGGGCCUGAGCUGGAGCACAGCCACGGACCUGACGCAGCAGGUCAUUGGCGCAACCAUCAAAGACUGGGCAACGUUCGCACUGGGCCCUGGCCAUGGGAUCCAGCUGCGUUCUGGCCGGCUGCUGGUGCCCGCCUACAGUUACCACAUCGACUGCAAGGAGUGCUUUGGGCAGCUCUGCAAGACAACCCCGCACUCCUUCGCCUUCUACAGCGAUGACCAUGGCCGCGGUUGGCGCUUUGGGGAGUUCAUCCCCAACCUGCAGACGGGCGAGUGCCAGCUGGUCUCAGUGGAUGAGGAGGAUGGAUCCAAUGUCCUCUACUGCAACGCCCGCAGCCCCUUGGGCUUCAGGGUCCAGGCGCUCAGCAUGGAUGAUGGGGCUGUCUUCCAUGGCGGGCAGCUGGUGCAGCGGCUGGUGGAGCCCCCCCAUGGCUGUCAUGGCAGUGUCAUUGGCUUCCCCGCACCAUUCGUGUAUGUCCCCAGCACCUCCCGGGACACCGUGAGGCCCCUCCGGGGCUUGGCUCACCGGCUGCUCCCUGGGGCCCUCCGGGAGUUUGGGCACCUGCCCACCCGACAGGCAGGAGGUGCUGAGCUGCCCGCUAGCAACCACUGUGAGCCAGAUGAGCAUUGUCCUACCCCAGGGCACCACGGUGAUGCCCACAGUGUCACCUUGGUCCAGGGGGACUGUGCAGCAACCCCCAGCCCCACUCCCUUCUUCCAAGCACCGACGUGGAUCCUCUACUCCCACCCCACCAGCUCCAUGUCGCGGGUCAACAUGGGGGUUCACCUCAGCACCUUCCCCAGGGACGCAGAGAGCUGGACAGAGCCCUGGGUUAUCUAUGAGGGCCCGAGCGCUUACUCAGACCUGGCUUACAUGGAGCUGCCCUACAGGGACGCCCCGGUGGCUGGCGGCACGGCCAUCACCUUCGCCUGCCUCUACGAGAACGGGAUGAGGUCUCCCUAUGAGCAGAUCUCCUUCAGCAUGUUCACGCUGCACGACGUGCUCCAGAACAUACCCCUGACAGCUGCUGCUCCCCGGCGGGGCCGCGCCACCACGCACCACACGGGCAGGAGGAGGCAAAGGAGCUGCUUCAUCUCCUAGAGCCUGCCCAGGUCAGCUCCUCUCACCACCCCAGUGCUGGAUCCUGGAGAAUCAACCCACAGGCUGGGUCCUGCCACCAUCCAGCACAGCCACAUCGCACAGAGGUGUGUUACUGUCCCCACACUGGGGGUUUAUCUCAUUGUUAUUGCUAUUUUUUAAUUCUGUUUUGGUUGGGUGGGAAGGCUUUUGACCCCAGCCGAGCUCCAGGCUCCUCUCCAAGCAAUAGCCACCUCUGAAAAGAGAUAUUGGGAAGCAACAGCAGCAGUGCAGGGGGAAGGCAGCCAGGGGCACCCUGUGCCAUCCCUGUGUGCCAGUGCUGGCUCAGGGGAUGUGGUGCUCCAGCUCUGCCAUACCUGGUGCCACCACCCUGCUCCGAGGGCUUCCCUCCCCUUGUUAUCAAUAGCUAUGCUAUAUAAAUAAGGUCUAUAAUGUUAAAUUCUUUCUUUUUCAUGAAAAGACGUUUUCUCAAUGGUCUCUCUGAAGUCACUGUGAGGGUUUGGGCUGGGGUAGAGUUCUGUUCCUCCAUCAUAGCUGGGAUGGGGCUGGGUUUUAUAUUUGGGUUGAUGAUAAAGAAAUGCUUGUGUUGCAUUUCUCGUUUGUCUGGGCUUUUAGUUCUCUCUUUUCAUUAUUUUCCUUUUCAUUACAAUUUAUAUCUUUAUUUCAAUUAUUAAAGUGUUUUUAUG